AUGAGUGUCCCACGCGCGAGGUUGUUGGACCUCAUGAAGGCCCAAUGCGAAGUCUUUGCGACAGCAUUCAACCCCGAGGGACUGAGGACGGGGAACAAGAUCCUGCGCCAACGAUUGAAGGGACCUGCUCUCGCCGAUUACUAUCCGCGCAAGGUCGUCACUGUUAAGGAUGUUCAGAGAGAGUUUGGCCCUGAGCUCACAACACUCGACUUGGAAGAGAUGGACCGCUUGGAACACAUUGCUGGACUGAAGGCGAGAGGAAAGAGUGCGCCAAAGAAGAAGAAGACGAAGACCGAGCCCAAGAAACGAUAA